AUGCCUCUACCACCGCACACACCACGGUUCUCCCGACAUCCAACACCCGUCCAGUCCACCAGCACGCUUCCUACAUCCUCAAGCCAGGAGACCUCACUGCCCACAAGUUCUCCCUCGCUGUCCACUGCUUCGGUCACGACCACCUCUCACGAGCUGACCACUCCGACAGCACCAGAGACCACCUCAUCCCCAUACACCCCCACGCCCACCACCACCACGCCCCCUACUACCACCCUUAAGCCAACUCGCCCCCCACAUUCAGUGCCAGUCUCCACUGCCACCACCACACUGACCACCCAGGCUCCUACUUCUCUCAGCACUGCCAGGACUUCUGUCUCUGUGGUGUCAACCCCAUCCGACACAUCUCCCGAACAACCGACCACAGCCCCACCUACCACCUCCACCACCACCACCACCACCACCAGCAGCAGCACAGCCCCAACAGCCACCACCAGAGAGACUGUCUCUCUCACCACCCUCACCACCUCGUCUGUACCCAGCAGUCCUCACACUUCCUUCACAACCCCAUCCCGCACCACCGUCCAUGCCUCUACCACCGCACACACCACGGUUCUCCCGACAUCAACACCCGUCCAGUCCACCAGCACGCUUCCUACAUCCUCAAGCCAGGAGACCUCACUGCCCACAAGUUCUCCCUCGCUGUCCACUGCUUCGGUCACGACCACCUCUCACGAGCUGACCACUCCGACAGCACCAGAGACCACCUCAUCCCCAUACACCCCCACGCCCACCACCACCACGCCCCCUACUACCACCCUUAAGCCAACUCGCCCCCCACAUUCAGUGCCAGUCUCCACUGCCACCACCACACUGACCACCCAGGCUCCUACUUCUCUCAGCACUGCCAGGACUUCUGUCUCUGUGGUGUCAACCCCAUCCGACACAUCUCCCGAACAACCGACCACAGCCCCACCUACCACCUCCACCACCACCACCACCACCACCACCAGCAGCAGCACAGCCCCAACAGCCACCACCAGAGAGACUGUCUCUCUCACCACCCUCACCACCUCGUCUGUACCCAGCAGUCCUCACACUUCCUUCACAACCCCAUCCCGCACCACCGUCCAUGCCUCUACCACCGCACACACCACGGUUCUCCCGACACCAACACCCGUCCAGUCCACCAGCACGCUUCCUACAUCCUCAAGCCAGGAGACCUCACUGCCCACAAGUUCUCCCUCGCUGUCCACUGCUUCGGUCACGACCACCUCUCACGAGCUGACCACUCCGACAGCACCAGAGACCACCUCAUCCCCAUACACCCCACGCCCACCACACGCCCCCUACUACCACCCUUAA